AUGCCGAGACCACAAUAUUGCCAGCAUCCAACGAGACACGCAACGUCUACAUCAGGAGUAAAAGGAGUUAGAGCAAUCUCAUUGAAAUUAUCCAUGUUUUUAAUCAGUCAAUAUGAUAUCACGGACAUUCGUGUUCAUUGGCUCUGUCCUAUAUGUCAUACAUUGGAAUCAAGUGAGCUGAUAAUUCAUCAACCAAUGCAAAUCAACAACGAUCGAAGCCUCACUGAUGAUGGAUAUACAGUAGAAGAUAUUCCUUCUGUUGAAGAUGAUGAGGAAGAAGUUUCGUAUGGCAAUCAAGAAGAUGAGGAUAAUGUUUACAUGAAUGACAGCAUGGAAGCUGAGAUAAAAGACAACGAUGAAGAAACUGAUGUUGAAUCAAUGCAUGAAGAAUCAGAUGAAGUUUCUUAUGAUCUCGAAUAUCACCAAAAUGAAGCAAUAGAAAAAUUAUCCACUAUCUUCCGAUUAUUGAAUAUAAAACAAAUUCACGACAAAUAA